GUUUUGGUCAAAUGUCUUAAAAUAGAUUUUGACUAACCUGUGCCAUGUUGGCACAUUUUUAAUAUAUAUAUGAAUGUGUAUUGAAUUACUCUCAGUUUGAAAUCUAAUAUUAAGAAGAGCGUGACUUUUUAAUUUGUAUUCUAAAGCAUAAUCAUAUAUGGGAAAUAAAAUGACCAGUAAAAAGGAUAAAACGACAGCUGUAGUGAUCGGCGCCGGCCAGAGAGGGUUUGGUUAUGCCCACUUUCAACAAUGCAAACCUAAGGAAUUCAAGGUCAUUGCUUGUGCAGAUCCAAAAGAAUACCAGCGUAGAAGACUGCAGAAUUUAUGUGACAUCCCGGACGACAUGAUUUUUCAAGACUGGCGGGAGAUAGCUGGGAAAGAUAAGUUUGCGGAUUGUGUGAUCAUUUGUACCCAGGAUCAGCAACACAAGGACCCGGCUAUUGCCUUUGCAAAGAAGGGAUACCAUAUUUUACUGGAAAAACCCAUGGCAACCACAGAAGAAGACUGUAGGGAGAUUGUUCGUGUCUGUAACGAAAACAACGUUUUCUUAACGGUGUGUCAUGUCCUCCGUUACACUCCCUGGGUGAAAAAAAUCAAAGAACUGAUAGAUGGAGGAGCCAUAGGGGACGUUGUGAAUAUUCAACACCUGGAACCAGUUGGUUAUUGGCAUUUUGCCCAUUCUUUUGUCAGAGGCAACUGGCAUAAAGAGUCAGAAAGUUCAUUUUCUCUCAUGGCAAAGUGCUGUCAUGACCUUGAUCUAAUAUGUCACUGGAUGGGCCCGAGGAAGUGCCAUUCUGUCGCCUCUUUUGGUCAUUUAAGUCAUUUCUCUCAGGAAAAUAAACCAAAGAAUGCAGCUAGUCGAUGCCUUGACUGUCCUGAAGAUGUGCAAAGACAAUGUCCUUACUCAGCAGUAAAGAUUUACAUUGAAAACGGAAUAAAAUCUUUAAAUAGAGGCUGGCCCGUGUCUGUGUUGACCUCUGAACUUCCUGACAUAGAAAACGUCACAGAGGCCUUAAGGACGGGACCGUAUGGACGCUGUGUCUAUGACAUGGAUAAUGACGUAAUGUCACAGCAGGUGGUUAAUAUGCAGUUUUCUGGUGGAGCCACAGCUUCAAUGUCAAUGAUUGGAUUUACAGAAUCUGUUUGUCGUAGGGAAGUUAAUGUGUUUGGAACAAAAGGCGAGAUAAGGUACCGAGAUGGACAAUCGGAGAUUUUACAAGUUGAUUUUGUUUCUGGAAAAAGAUAUCACCAUGAACUGGAAUCUAAACAUUCUGGACCUUUGAGGGGACACGGGGGAGCAGACUACUGUUUAAUGGAACACUUUCAGCACGCAAUUCAUCGUAAAGAUUUUUCUGGAAUUAAAACUGGUGCAGAAGAGACUCUUGCUAGCCAUUUAGUGGUGUUUGCGGCAGAGAAAGCACGGAAGGAAAACAGAGUUGUUACUAUCAGCGAAGACAUGUCUUUUUCAUGAUUGCUACAGCAGGCCUCUGAGUAUAAAAUAAAAAAAAAAUAUUAAAAUUAACCAUUUUUAUUUACUUUAUCUGAUUUUUAAAAUUUAUUUUAUGCCUUGCUGGGAAAUGCAAUAAACAAUGUUGUGUACAUAUUCGGAUGGAAUAGAAUUCAGAAAUUAAAGCAAAAUGAACUGCA